AUGGACUUCAGCUCCAUGAGCUGCCCUCUGAUCUUCACCCUCAGCUUUCUGCUUAUUUUCACUGCCUUGCCUUCUUCAUUCUCUCAGCCAACCGCGGAUGCUCCAGCACCAGCCUCCGAUUCGUGCAACGGCGUUUUCUUAUCGUACGCCUACACUACCGGAGCCAAGCUCCCGCCCGAGCUCAAAUCUAACCCCAAGCGCCAGCCCUACCGGUUCGAGUCCGUGCUCACUGUGCUCAACAACGGGCUCGAGGAUCUGAAAUCUUGGAGGGUCUUCGUGGGGUUUAAGAACGAUGAGUACUUGGUCUCUGCCUCCAAUGCCGUUUUGGCAGACGGGACUAGCAUGCCUGGAAGUGUGGGAAACGGCACCGUUUUGGCUGGGUUUCCGAUGACCGAUCUGAAAACUGCGAUUAAGACUGCGGGAGACUUGACCCAGAUGGAGGUUCAGGUCAAAUUGGUCGGGACCCAAUUCGGUGUGGCCCCACCCAAGGUUCCUCUGCCCUCGAAUAUCUCUUUGGCCAAUGAUGGGUUUGUUUGCCUCAACGCCGUGCAAGGGACGAAUGAAAUGCAUGUCUGUUGCACCGUAGACACUAAGUUUAAAACAAACAUCACUGUAGAUGGAAAGUUCCUCCCCCGCCAAAAUGGAGAUCUUACAAUUAUGUAUGAUGUGACCAAUACUCAAGACUCAAAUUACUGGGCACAAGUUACAAUUGCCAACCAUAACCCCCUAGGCCGUCUUGAUAAUUGGAAAUUGAGCUGGGACUGGAUGGCAGAUGAAUUUAUAUUUGCAAUGAAAGGGGCGUAUCCAUCUAUUGUAGAUUCUUCUGACUGUAUAUUCGGCAGACAAAGUACAUACUACAAGGAUCUGGACUUCUCCACCGUAUUGAAUUGUGAAAAACGGCCAACCAUAAUUGACCUGCCUCCAACAAAGGCCAAUGACACUCUACUUGGUCUGGUCCCUAAUUGUUGCCGAAAUGGUACUAUCUUGCCACGAUCAAUGGAUCCAAGGAAAUCAAUGUCAUCAUUCCAGAUUCAAGUCUUUAAAAUGCCUCCAGAUCUUAACCGGUCCCAGUUCACACCGCCACAAAACUGGGCAAUCAACGGCACGCUCAACCCUGAUUAUGAAUGUGGCCCUCCUGUGCGGGUGAGUCCUAGUCAAUUUCCUGAUCGAAGUGGCUUGCCAGUGAAUUCAUCUGCGGUAGCUAGCUGGCAGGUUGUGUGCAAUAUUACACAGCUCAAGGGAGCAAGCCCUAGAUGCUGUGUUUCGUUUUCUGCUUUCUAUAAUGAUUCGGUCAUCCCAUGCAACACUUGUGCAUGUGGCUGCCCUAGUAAUACAGCUCGAACUUGUAGUACAACUGCACCAGCUAUGCUUCUUCCGCCGGAGACACUUCUUGUUCCCUUUGAGAACCGAACUGUCAAGGCAAAAGCUUGGGCUGAACUUAAACAUCUACCAGUUCCAAACCCGAUACCCUGUAGUGAUAACUGUGGGGUCAGCAUUAAUUGGCAUUUAUAUACAGACUACUCUCGUGGAUGGAGUGCAAGGGUCACACUCUUCAAUUGGGAUGAAACUUCUUUUGUUGAUUGGUUUGCUGCCGUGCAAAUGGAUAAAGCAGGCCCUGGUUUCGAAAAGAUGUACUCUUUCAAUGGAAGUACCUUGGAAUUGAAUGGUGUCAACAAUACUGUAUUCAUGCAGGGUCUUGAAGGAUUGAACUACCUUGUGGCAGAAACAGAUGCAGCCAACCCGCAGAAGGAUCCUAGGGUGCCUGGGAAGCAGCAAUCAGUCAUCUCAUUUACAAAGAAGAAGACUCCUGGAAUUAAUGUGAUUGGUGGAGAUGGGUUUCCGACAAAAGUAUACUUUAAUGGGGAGGAAUGCUCACUUCCUAAAAUAUAUCCAAGUAGUGGUAACAGAAAGAGUACACCGAUAAUGUUUUCAGUCCUCCUAAUGGUUGUAGCGUUCAUGGUGAUGUAG